CCCUUAUGUAGCCUUCAAAGUAGGGAAUAUCAAAGCGUUUAAACGUUAACUCACAAGGUCCAUAAAUCAACUCAUUACAAACAGAACAGGGCAGGAAUACUUCCACACUCCUCACUUACUUAGACCUAAUUAAAUUACCUUAUCAACUGUAGGCCUUGAUUGUAUCACAGGCAUGAUUUGCCUGACCUUGGGUAAUACAUCACUAGUGUAUUUAAAUACAUCUGCUCGUAUUUUGGUGUUCAGUAAUAUACAAUUUCGUUUGAAACAGACUGUUCGGGAAAUUAUUUAAUCAAGUGCUACUUAUCGUAUCUGCAUUUGUUUUGUUUUUUAAAUCAAAUGGAAACACUAAAGUAGUAUUUGUUUUAAUUUUGUAAUUGUUUUUUUUAGCAUGAGCAUAAUAGUGCAAGUAUUACUAGUCUAUAUAUUCGAUGUGGUGUAAAUCCCCUCGCUCUUUCUCUAUCGAGUUUGUUGAAUGUAGAACAGAGAGAAGAUGUUUAAUAUGGUUAGAUGAAUAGAUUAGACUACUAGACGGAACUCACUCUGUGAUUGGACGAUGCGAUCAGCAGCAGCAGAGUAGCCUGUACAGCUGGACAUGUCUGUGUUGUAUACACUGUAUACAGUACCGCCGGCUAUGACAACACAUCUUGGUAUCCUGCUGUUAUAACAAUAGAAAUUACUACUAAACUUGAAAAGAAACGUUAUUUUAAGAUAGGGCUUUUCAAAAGACUUCUUGUCCACCGUACAGGGUGAGGAGGGUUAAGAAGCGGUUGGUGUCGCGUUGUUUCACAAACCAAGUUGAAACGUGCUAGUUAUGGCUACAUUGCGCCCAAUUAAUUUGUCUGCGAGUUCAUCAAAGCGUCUUCUCUGAGGGUUAAUGGGUUCUAAGUUAACCAGACCAAGUAGCCUGGACAUUGACGGCCAAUUGUCCAAGAGGAGACGUCCGAGGACGGAGGGAUGCGGAGACUCGGGGAGAAGUGCAGGCGGAGGUGGAGCAGGCUUCGCGUUCCCGUACCUCACGCUCCGGUCGGACAAGCUCCCAGGGUUGCUGCGGAAAACCAACCAUAGUCCGUACGUGCGACGAGUCGCCUGGAUCCGUGAGAUGCAAACCCUUCUGGGCGACAAGAAGACGGAGCAGGCAGCCGAAGUGCUGACAUUGUUGAGAAAGGAUCUGGGCCUCCAGGCGACGUCCCUCAACCACAUCUUGUACAAAAACGCAGCUUUCCUCCACCUGGCGGACCCCAUCUCCCACGAACUGCUGCUCCACCUCGCCAGGGACAUGCACUGCCCGAAAAGGGAGGGGCAGUCCUUAAAGUCCACCAACAAGAUGUGCAGACAGCUGAUGUUCCACCUGACGCCUCACUCCAAGUGGACUCGACAAAGCGUGCCGCGGAGGAAGCCUCAGGCCUGCCUAAAGACCACCUUGGACAAGAAGCCGUCGGGCGACGUCGUCAACCUGUCGGGGACCCCCCUCUCGGGCCGGGACCUCCGGCGCCUGGCCCGCCACCUGCAGGGCGCGGGCGCGGCAGGCGGGGCCGGCGAGGGGACGGUGUCGGCCGUGGACCUCAGCUUCACGGAGCUGCGGGACGAGGGGCUGCGGCUGCUGCUGCCCGGCCUGGCCGGCCUGCCGGGUCUCACCACGCUGGCCGUCAACGGCAACCGGCUGACGGCGGCCGUGCUGAAGGACCUGUCGGAGGCCCUAAAGGACGCGGGCCGCUUCCCCAGCCUGGCCUGGGUGGACCUGGGCAACAACGUGGACAUCUGCACCGUGCCCCAGCCCCUGCUGGUGGGCCUGCGCCGGCGCUAUGGCCUGCGCGGCAGCCUGCCCACCAUCCACGAGCGGCGCCACGGCGACCCCAGGACGACGGCAGGAGAGGCGGGUCUCCGGGAGGAGAGGGAGGAGGAGGAGGAGGAGGAGGAGAGGGAGGAGGAGAAGGAGGAGGAGAGGGAGGAGGAGGAGGAGGAGAGGGGACGUCACUAG